CUCCUCCUAAGCUAGAAUCAAAUCAACUCUUUUCUUGCGACCUUUGUGUGAUUUCUUGUACAUCAAGAGGGAAGCGUUCUUCUUCGUGAAGCUUCCCCCUCUUUUUUUCCCGUUCCUUUGUCUUUAGGGGAUAUGCCAAUUAACUGUAAGAAGUACGAACUUGGUCUAUAGGAGCUGCCAUCAAGAUGUUACCGCUUGAACAUAAGCCCAGGCACUGAGUUUUCUGGAUGGCAGUGACCUGCAGAACCUCCAAGAUAUCUGUUUUCCGUGGUUGCAAUUCUUGUGGGUCCUACUUUUGAUCUCGCAAGUGCUUCAAAGGGCAGGUCUGCACUGCAAGAGAGUGGUGAGAGAGGGAGAGGUAUGGGAGUUGUGCUUCUAGAUUUCUCUCACAAAUUGAUCAAACGACGAGCUUGUCUACGGUGGAAGCAAGCAGAAUCGUUGCGAGGCUUGUGUUCUGAUGGUCUAUGGAAGUAUGCAGUAUUUUGGUCAAUCAAAAACGAGAAUCACGGCAUCUUGACUUGGGCUGAUGUCUAUGUCGACAAGAUGAACAAAAACAUGAGAGAUCAUUAUCGGGACCCAGCUGAUAGUGACAACCAGAUAAUGACACCUACUUGGUCUAACGAUGGCCAAUAUCAAAGCUAUCCAUUUUGCCCCAUCGAGGCAGCAUUACUGCGCAUGUCUAGCCAUUCAUAUUCUCUUGGAGAAGAAAUUAUUGGUAAAGUGGCCGUUACGGGACGACAUUGCUGGAUUUCUUCCAGUGAUCUUCCUUCAACUUUGAUGUACAAGUACCAUCAAGACUGGCAGUUUCAGUUUGCAGCAGGAAUCAAAACAGUUCUCCUUGUACCAGUGAUACCUCAUGGGGUUCUUCACCUGGGAUCUUUACGCAUGGUUUUGGAAAGUUCAGCACUGGCGACACACAUGAAGGAACUGUUCUAUAAGAUUUACAACCCCUCAAUUCCUCAUAAUCCUUCAGCCACAGGGUUCGCCUACUCAAAUACUUUGAAAAAACCUACUGCAGAUGUAUCGGUGGAUCCCACAGAUGUUCUGGACCAUGACUUAUUUGAUGCUAUGAACAAUUCUGCUCAGUUUUUUACCAUUGAACACUUUAGUCUACCACAUCCCUUCACUUCGUCCGAGUAUCCAAUGUUGGAAGAUGUCAUUACAGGAGCGUACGAUAUUGGUCCAACAACUUGCUCAGAUGAUACCUUUGAUGCCAAUGAGCGUGAUCUGUGGACCAAUGUUAAUGAUGCACCAUCUGAACUCACUCACUGCAAGACACUGGUCGACCCGGACAUGACAAACCUCUCAUUUAUGGAUAAGUUGAUCAAUUCCAACAGCAAACUGAGUUGCACAUCAGUAAUUAACAUACAAGAUGAAGAUUAUAAUAAUAUUGAUGAUUUUAUCCUGGCAUAUAUGGCACAAGAAUAUCAGGAGCACGCAUGUGGUAGCACUAUAGUUUUAGAUGAUGAUGUUGUAACUUCAAAUUCUUCAAUUCACUCAAAGAUGCACAAAGAUCUUGAGGCAAUUCCCAGGGAAGAUCUUGAGAGCUUCAUGUGGCAUGGUAGAUUGAAACAACAAGAGUCUACAAACCACUCCCUCCUUCAAGCGAAUGGGAAUAAAGUAUAUUCUUACUCACACCUGGAGACCAAUAAUUAUGCUGAAUUCUUUGUGGAUGCUAUAACCGACCAGGUUGGUAAUAUCCCAAACAGUUACUCGUAUCGCUCGACUGAUUCUUCGACUUCAUGUGAAACACAAAUACAGAGAGAUGAUCAUGCACUGAGGUUGGAUUCUUCGACUUCAUGCGAAACACAGAUACAGAGAGAACACCAUGCACUGAGGUUGGAGGAAUCAGCAGUCCGAGAUCCCUCUGGUGGUCGAGAAUUUUCACCUACCUCAAUCAAAGAAGGCUUCAUGACUUCCAAAAUGACUGUUUCACUUCCUAAAGGAAUCAACAGGACCAUAACUGAAGAAUGCGUGGGUCAUACAAUUCAAGACAUAUGUAGGGAAAUUUCAGUUGAAAUAAAGCAUGAGGGCGGAAAAAACGAACUGCACAGACCAAGACCGAGAGAUAGGCAACUGAUUCAAGACAGGAUGAAAGAGUUGAGGAAACUCAUUCCAAAUGCAUCAAAGUGCAGCAUUGAUGCUCUCCUGGACAAAACAAUAACACAAAUGCUGUUCCUCCAAAGUGUAUCCGAGAAAGCUGAGAAGAAGCAGCUUCAGAGCAAAACAAGAAAUGAGGAGUUCCGUGACGAGGCCAAGAAGCUGGAAAACUGCCCGCUGAGGGUGGAAGAGCUCGAGGAACCUGGUCAUCUUCUCAUUGAGAUAUUGUGCAAGGAGUAUGACAUCUUUUUUGAGGCCGCGCAUCUGUUCAAGGGCCUUGAGGUCAGCAUACUGAAGGGAGAGAUGGAGCAUCGUUCUGGCCAGCUCUGGGCUCGCUUUGUCGUCGAGGCUUCCAAAUGUUCAAACCAGAUGCAGAUUCUUUGUCCAUUGAUGCACCUGCUGCAGAGAAGAUGAUUCCAUUGCCGCGUGUUCAGAGAAUUCUUGCCUCGCCUCACAGUCUCAGCUAGUCCAGUUCCCGUUUCAAUAAGAGUGUCCAGGAGGUCAUGCGUGCAGUGGAACAACAUUGUUCAUUGCAGACAUCUUUUUUCUUUCUGAGAUUUAUGGCAACCCAGAGUUGCUUUUGCUGUUACAGAAUAUACUUCGAUCAGAGGACUGUGAAAUGUUAUGGUAUGAACGGAAUGUACCAGAACUUCAUCUUAGGAAAGAUGCCUAUAAACUAUUCAUUCAAUUUCAAAA